GUCCGCAACUUCAGCUUCUUCUUGUACUCUUUCAUUCUCUCUCUCUCUCUCUCAUUCUCUCGUUCUCUUUCUCUCUCUCUCUGUCUUACCAAUGUGCUGUUGCAGUGCAGUGUAAUUCGCGAGUGCUGUGACUUGGAAAAAAGUGCGUUUCGAACGACUUUCGUUCCUGCGGCUGUCAAACCGUCGUGCAAUUGUGAAGCGUAAAGAACAAGUGGCCGAUUGUUUUUUCGAAUCGAGCGCCGCAAGUUUUUCUCGCCGCUCUCUCUCUCUCUCUCUCUCUCUCUCUCUCUCUCUCCUCUCCUACCUCCUCUUUUGGCGGGAAAAAAGAUAGAAGAAGUGGCAGAGAAGCACAGCAGCCGCGUUGAUACCGGCGAUGCUGUCGUAGCGGCUUUCCGUCGUUUGGCAGUUGCAGCUGAUUCUGCGCUGACGGUGCAUUAGCCCAGAUCACGAUGACGAUGGAUGUGAGCAAGUCGGAGACUAGUAAAAAUGGCUCCACUCAGCAGGAGUGCCACGGCUGCCGCAAGACAAUCAAGGAGAGGUAUUACCUGAAGGCACUGGACGUCCACUGGCACGAGGACUGCCUCAAGUGCAACUGCUGCGACUGCCGACUGGGAGAAGUCGGCUCCACUCUGUACACCAAGGCAAAUCUCAUCCUCUGCAGGAGGGACUACCUCAGGCUGUUCGGCAACACCGGGCACUGCUCGGCGUGCAACAAACCUAUACCCGCCUUCGAGAUGGUCAUGCGCGCCAAGACCAAUGUUUACCACCUCGAGUGCUUUGCCUGCCAGCAGUGCUAUCAUCGAUUCUGCGUGGGUGAUCGUUUUUAUCUCUGCGAAAACAAAAUUCUCUGUGAAUACGACUACGAGGAGAGACAGGUGUUCGCUAAUAUGGCACUCAACCCACCGAGCAAUUUGGCACAUCUCAAGCGACAGUUGCCGCCGACGCCCACACCACCCGGGCAAAACCAGGUUCAUUCUGGCCAUCACCAGAUGCAGCAGCAACAGCAGCAGCAACAGCACCAGCAGGCGCAAAUGCUGGGCCAGUCCAUGGCACAGCAUAACCACGUGGCGAAUGGUCAGUUGCCAGGUGGCAUACCGACAGUCAAUGGCACGGCAAUCGGCAUAGGACCGACCCGUGGUGGACCUGGAGACAUGAAUAAUAACGGACUAUCAGGUCCUGGCCUAGGUCCUGUCAAGGCGCCUCCUAUGUCGAUGCAAGCGCCGACGAGCUGAGAUGAGGCGGUGGCGCCGCCUCUAAAGAAGCUCCGCUGCCUCGACAGCUACUGAAUAUAGGGAAGCUGUCCUAUAUACAUGUAUAACGGACGUGUGAUACGCGCGUGUAAAUAAGACACGAAGGAAACGAAAAUUAGGACUUGGACAUUCGUUGGUUUUUCUUAUUCGCAAUUUUUUCCGUUGUUAUCCACGCGCAGAGUGGAUUUCAUAUUAUCGACGUCAUUGAUUAUUGCUAUAUUGAUACUAUUGUGACAUUUCUUUAAAUUUAUAUUAUUACAAGCGUCAAGUUUUUUAAAAUAAUAAUCGUUAUCGACUUUAUUUGCGCCGAUCGUCGAGUGUAGAAAGUGCGACGUGUGUCAUUUAUUGAUGACUUAACGAAUGGGAAUCGAUAAUCAUUGUAGAUUGGUUUACCGACCGCCGGUAAAACAGGGAAUUGAUUCUUGAAUCGCAUAGAGUUGAAGAAAAUUCACGUUCUAUGCCGAUUGAAGCAUUUGUCGAAAUUGCGAAUUUGACGGUAAACUAAAGUUAAUUGGUUUCCAUACAGCUAAUACCAAAGAUAAUAUAAUUAUUUGCCCUCGUACGUAUAAAAUUUCUAUUUGAUAUUCGAUUGUUGAGCUCGUCAUCAAUUAUAUAAAUAAAUAAAUAAAACAGCAACAAAAAUGAUUUUACGAUGCAAGCAUUUUAUGCACUAACCAGCUUAAUAAAAUAACUUUAAACGAAUUGAAAGCUCGAAAAUUCUGUUGUUUCUUUGCUUACCGUGUGACGAGGUUUAGUCAUAGCUUUACAGUAAAAAAACCAAAAGAGAAACUACUUGUACCAAAAGACCAUAAUAGUUAUCGAGCAACAGAUAAGAGGAAAAAAAACUAUAAGUACACGAGUGAGCAGACGAGUGCAUGUUCGACAAAUUAAUCGGUCAGUUAUUAAAGAGUGACUGUGUCGAAAAAAUUGUUACUAUAUGAAAUUUGCUCUUCGGACGAAUGAGUGUACAAAAAAGUAUCAUGAGCGUGAAUGCGGCAAAGGAAAUUGAGAGUGGUUUCGCGGAAAAACUGUAUAUUUCGUAAAAGCUGUAUAAUUUAGUACAAAGCAUUACGACAUGUAUAAAAAAAGAUAAAUAUUGCCGACGAUCUACUCGCAUGGCCCUGUAUAAGAAUAAUAUACUUUAUUCCUUUUUUUUGUUAAUCAUCUGUAUAUAUUGUCAUAACUAGCGCACUAUUGUUAGUAUAUUAUGAUCGAUAGGGUUACAUUACUAUACGAAGAAAAAUACAUUCUUAUUAAUA